AUGACGCGCUGCAGAUUGGAAUAUCAUAAUUAUAAAUAUGAAUUAGAAUCGACAAACUGGGACUGGAAGAAACCUGAAAGUUGGAAAUUAAGCGGAAACGGAAAAUUGUACACAUUGGUAGAUACUUCUAAACGACCGCUACCUGAGUAUUACCUUGUUUAUGAAGGCACUAUGGUAGAAGGAAGGAUGGAAGGCAGAGGAAAACAAUAUGAAGGUAAUCCUGGAUUUCAGCAAAUCGAGAAAUGUAAUGCUUUUGAUACAAUCAAAGUGGGAGAGUUUCGUAACGGAAAACUUGAUGAAACUAAAACCUAUUCUAUCUUCUAUCGAUCGAAGGCAAAAGAAGGUUUUACAUCGCUUAAGAAGGUAUGUUAUUCAUCUAACAAGUCUAUUCAUCGUAUGUAUAUCAAUGAAGAAAAUGGUUCAUAUGAAUAUAUUGAUUUUGUUAAUGCUAAUAAUGCUGGUUUAGGAUGGUACUUUGAAGGAGGUUUGAAUGUAAUGUAUGGAAAGAAAAAUGAAAACGGUAAAAGAGAAGGAAUCUGUACUUUCUAUAAACUACCGAACAAAAAUGAGUUGGAUUCAAUAUUCAAAGGAAAUCGUGUUGAAUAUGAUGAAAAGACACUGGAAUCGUAUUUGACAAAGAAAGUAACAUACAAGAAUGGUGUUCUCGAAGGUGAUGUGUGCUAUAACAUGAAUGGAACUAGAAUUGAAAUGGUUAUGAAGAAUGAGAAAGGUUAUGAAGGUAUUAAAUAUGAAAAAGGAAGGACUAUUAUUCAUAAUGAUGAUGCUUGCGUGAAACGAUUAACAACUGAAAUCUAUCGAGGAGGUAUAAUCAUAUAUGAUUAUAAUGAUGGUAAAAUGGAAUACAUUUAUGAUGGUCAAGGAGAAGGAGAAAUAUUGAUAAACAAAGAUUCUAGAUGUUGGUUUGAAGGUGAAUGGCGCGACAAUAAAAUGUAUAAAGGCAAACUUCGAUUUGCUAAAGAUGGUCGUAUAAUCGAAGGUGAAUGGCUAAAUGGCGAGAUUGAUCCACAAUUUGAAUACACAAUCCGAUUGAAUGAAAGAGAUUAUAAAAAGAGUACACUACAUAAUAAUUAUGGAGAACACAACGUGACUGAAUGCAAUAUCGAUGGAAGAGAAUACAAGUUGGCAAAGAGAGAUCGCUCAAUCUAUUGUACAGUGAAAAGUGGCACCGAAUUACUCUACGAAGGAUUUGUGAUGAGUAAAGCAAAUUCAGAACACAUGAUGUCGAAUACUGGAAUGGUACCUAAUCGAUUUGUGAAAUGGGAAUACAUCCCAUAUGGAGCAGGCAGAGAAUAUGAAAAUGGGAAAUUGAAAUAUGAAUGUAUUUAUGUGUUUGGAAAACGUGAAGGAAACGGAAAAGAAUACAAAGAAGAUGGAAGAACACCAUUGUUUGAUGGAAAUUGGAGAAAUGACCAAUAUGAAAAUGGAGCUUAUUAUCAAAAUGAUGUAAAGAUCCUAUGCUAUUUCGGUGGAGGUCUACAAAUCAAAAACUCUUUUGUCUAUAAGAAUGCAAAAGUGUACAAGAAUAAUAUACAAUUGUAUCAAGGCUCGAUACAUUUUGUGGGAAAUGAUAUGAAACCAGUAGAAGGAACUUGGUACAUAAGUUUCCUUGGUAAUUCUCGGUAUCUUGUGAAAUCAUCUGAUUUGCGAGACAAUAAAAUCCAUAUCAAAAACUUUGUGUUUGAAUACACUGGUUCGAUAAAAUUCGAAGAUUUUGAUUUCAGAAUGUCAAUAGAAGGAAAAGGUGAAUUGAUACAUAAUGGAUACACUUAUUGUGGUGAAUUUGAAAGUGUUGAAACAAUAAAAGAAUGUACACUAAGCCAAGUGAUAUCCAGUGGUCAGAAAGCACCAUUCUAUUAUGGUGAAGUGAAAUGGUUAAUGCUGUAUGCUGGAAUUCAAUUUGAUGCCAAUAAUAUUUCUGAAGGAUUAUUUGAAGAUAAUAGAUUGACUAAUGGAUAUGUUUUCGAUACUGCUGGUUAUUUGAAACAAAUUGUAGGAGAUCCAAGUGGUUAUGAAGCACUUUAUUCUGAGAAGAAGUACAAGUAUCGCGAGUUAUUCCAAAAGAAUCAUGGAGUGGUUAUCCAUUAUCCAAGAACCCAACCUACUACUACUAUGAAUCAAUUCACACCUAAUUUAGGCAAACCUGAAAUUCAACUCACAUCCAAUUUAGCAAAAUUAACAAAUCCAAUAAUACCCAAUGUGGGCAAAUCUGGAAGUCAAUCCUCACCCAUUUUGACCAACCCUGGAAGUCAACUGACACCCUCUGUGGUAAUAUCAAAAAAGACUUAUACUCAAGAGAAAAAGAUUGCUAAUGGUUCACUAGUGAUCUACAGUGAAGGUGAUAAGUGCUUAGUCAGAAUGACAUAA